AUCCUCUCGCGGAAGUGAUUUACUGCGCGCGCAAGCAUCAAUUGUGCGCUCGGUCAUUAAUGGCAUUAAAAUGCCGCCAUAAUUCUCCUUCCAGAUCUCUUACAGUGAAUGCAGAACUCGACAGAGUCGAAGCAGCUGUGCAGCAACAGCGCAGAGUUUUAUAGGCGCUCACGGAGAGAAGCACGUCCUAAACGCACUCCGAUGGAAAGUUGUGCGGAAUGCUGAUUCUGAGGAAGUUUUGCCACUGUUUCCUCACUCCAGACUCAAUGAUGCAUCGGAGGAAGUACAUUUUUAACCUGGAAAAUUGCAAUCGGACGGAAUAAAGAGCAGCAGUCUGUCUGAGUAGUGCACUUAACGCGGACGAAAGUGUUAAACGAUCUGUUUAAGGACAUCGUAAGUGGAUUCCUGGAGAUUGGAUGCGCUUUUUAAAAAUUCCUGCGCAUUAUGGGCUGUAAUAAGGUGUGCGUGGCGUUGAUCGGCGCGGUUGUCGUCAUCACGCUCAUCGUUAUUCCCACGGCAAUUUACGUGAACAGAGAUGUGUCUGGAUUAAAGAGAACUUAUUCUUUUGAUGAUUUUUACAAUGAUACCAUCAGGUAUAAAACAUACAAUCUCCGUUGGAUAUCAGACAAUGAAUACCUCCACAAAACCAACGAAGGACAUAUUUACUUGCACAAUGCUGAAACGAAGGAAAGCUCAAUGUACCUGAGCAACUCAACAUUUGCUCAAGUGGAUGCCACAGAUUACAUAGUGUCAGCAGAUAGAAAAUUUGUAAUCUUUGAGAGCAAUUACUCAAAGCAAUGGCGACACUCCUUCACUGCCUCCUACCAUAUUUACAACAUGGAGUCUCAGGAAUUUUUCUCCAAGUUUCAGAUUCCACCUGUUACGCAGCUCUUAGUUUUGGCACCAACAGGAAAUAAACUGGCUUACGUCUGGGAUUAUAAUAUUUACCUCAAAGCGGAUGCCACUGCUGAGGCUGUACAAGUCACUAAAAAUGGAAAAGAAAAUGAAAUUCUCAAUGGAGUACCAGACUGGGCCUAUGAAGAAGAGGUUUUUGCCUCCAACGAAGCCAUCUGGUGGUCUCCGCAGGGGAAAUAUCUGGCUUAUCUACAAAUUAAUGACACUGGAGUUCACAGCAUUGAAUACUCAUUUUAUGGAAAUGACCAGUACCCCAAAACAGUAUUUAUCCCCUACCCAAAAGCAGGCAGUGUUAUUCCCAGAGCAAAGCUGUUUGUGAUUGAUGUCGAAAAUCCAUCCAAACAAUCAGAAGUGGUGGUACCGAAAUCUGUCGGAUCAGGCGAUCACUAUCUGAGCACAGUCACCUGGGUCACAGACGAGCGACUGGCCAUUCAAUGGCUGCCACGCAGACAGGACCGAGUCCUUCUGCAGAUCUACGACUAUGAUGGCACCAGCUGGAAAGAAAUCUCGAAAUUUGAGCAAAAAAGCAAAACUGGAUGGGUUGGACGGUACUUUCCUUCGGCUCCUUACUUUGCUGCAAAUAACAUGAGUUUUUACAAAGUUAUGAGCAAUGGCAACGGUUAUAAACAUCUCCACUAUGUGAACGCUGGAACAGCAACACCCAUCACCUCAGGCAAAUGGGAAGUGAUAUACAUCUCAAAAGUAACCAAAGAUUCCAUAUACUACGUGAGUAAUGAACACAUGGGAAGACCUGGACAGAGAAACCUUUACAAGAUUUCUAUAAGCAAGAGUGGACAUUCUGCCCCCGAGUGCCUCACCUGUUCACUGUACCAGGACCGGUGUCAGUAUAACUCGGCUUACUUCAGCCUGAAAGCCUCUUACUUCCGGAUGGACUGCUACGGACCAGGGCUUCCGCUCUUUACACUGAUGGACAACAGAGAGCCUGUUAAAGAGAUUCAGGUUCUUGAGGACAAUAAGAAACUGGAAAAAAUUCUGACUACUGAGCUUCUGAUGCCAACCAUCAAACGUGACACAAUGAAGAUCGCAGGAUUCAACCUCUGGUACCAGAUGAUGUUCCCACCAAAUUUUGACUCCUCCAAAAAGUACCCUCUUUUAAUUCAAGUGUAUGGCGGACCAGCCAGCCAGAACACAGAAUAUUUGUUUCGAUUGGAGUGGGCCACGUACCUGUGCAGCACGGAGAAGGUCGUCAUCGCCAGCUUUGAUGGCAGGGGAAGUGGUUUCCAGGGUGAUGAGAUAAUGCACGCCAUCUACGAGCGGCUGGGAACGUACGAGGUGGAAGAUCAAAUCUCGGCCGUGAGAAAAUUCAUUGAAAUGGGUUUCAUUGACAAAGACAGAAUUGCAAUGUGGGGUUGGUCAUACGGCGGCUACGUGACGUCCAUGGUUCUGGGAUCAGGAAGUGGACUGUUCAAAUGUGGAAUUGCUGUGGCUCCUGUUGCAAAGUGGGAGUAUUACGACGCCGUAUAUACAGAGAGAUACAUGCAUCGCCCUGAGGAGAAUGCUGAAAGAUAUAAAAAUUCAACAGUGACCGACAGGGCAAAAAAUUUCAAGUCGGUGCAAUACAUGUUGGUGCACGGCACUGCAGAUGACAACGUCCACUUUCAGCAGGCUGCUCAAAUUUCCAAGGCCCUGGUGGAAAAUCAAGUGGACUUUGAAGCAAUGUGGUACACCGAUAAAGAUCACGGACUGUCUGGUAAAGCGCGUUACCACCUCUACACACACUUGAACCAUUUUCUGCAGAACUGCUUUGCUGAGAAAAAAUAAAUGGACAUAUUGAUGCAUUACGUAAACAAAAAAUGUUCCUCUUACAUUGACAAAAAACACUGUUUUGAUGCUUUACAUGUUAGUCUGUAUAUUGAUGGUAACAAACUCUUAUGUCAGAGUCAAUGACAUUGAUUUUGUAUUGUUAUUAUUAUUAUUUUUAUAUUGCUUAAUGUGAUAUUUUAAUUUUUUACCACAUUGCUGUGAUGAUAACUCACUUUACGAAUGUAAAGUGAUAUGAAUGUAGUUUAUAUCACAGACUUUUGUCAUGUUUCAUAUUUCUACAUUUACAAAUUUAUUGUGGAAUUUAUGCGGUUAUGUUUAUGCACUGACUUCAAUGUUUGAUUUGAGCAUGUCUGUACAAAAACUGAUCAAGUAAAACAUUCUGGAUCUGGA